AUGCUGCAGCGUUCCUUUCUGCGGGGUAUGUGGCUUGGCGGUACAGCGUCCAUUGCGGCGCUUGGCCACGACACGCGUCCCUCUACAGGAAAAUACAUCAAUGUUUUGCCCCCCACGGACAUUGCCAAGAGCAUCGCCGCUGGAGCAAUGCCACCGGAGGCGAACGUGGCAGCUGUGAGGCCCGUGCCGGGCAUGUACUACGGCAGGUGGAAUCGGGCCUUGCGUAGCGAAGUCUACGACGAGUUACUGAAGCUUCCGUUACGAUACAAACUCCAUGAUUUUUCCAAGAUUUGUCCGCAGCCCUCAUCGUCGUCGUCGCUGUCGUCGCCACAACAGCCGUAUCGAAAAGUAGGAGUGAUUGGCAGGGAGUCUGCUGUGGGUUACAACCCGCCGCUUGGCCCAGCAGACCCACUUGACACAAUUCCCUUCUUUGUGCAUCGUAACAGCAAUGGCUUCUUGCCAGGGAAGGUGUAUUCAAUGAAUGCACGAAAUCUAAUGCCUGCUUUUUUUUUGCGCAUCCAACAGGUGGAGGGCGACGUCUUCCGAUUUGAGGAAGAGCUGCUAAAGAUAUUUCCAACAAAAAAGAUAUUUGUGCGCAGUCACAGCAUCUACGUCUACAACGUGGGGAUGGACGGUCGGAUGAUCCUGCAUCAUUGGCUCCUCGGCCUGGGCUUUUGA